AUGCCGGCCGUCGCCAAAAAUAAUCGGCAGGUGGGACAGGCCCUUUACCAUCUUGUUUUCCCGACCACAGCAGGCCGUGCUGCCGAGAUCGAGCUUUCCGCCCGUGUGCGGGAAGCCCCCACAUAUUCCAUGUCUGGAACAGCGCAGACGGGUCAAUCGGAGCCGACCGGCGGCGACACAGAGAGCGAAAGGCCAGCGGACCAGAGUGGGAGCGGUCCCCCUGACUCCCAAUCCAAGGAGCUGUUUCAAGAUCAGGAUAGGCGAUUUGAGUUCUGCGGGCACGUCUUGAAGAUCACGCAACAACUGAGCAAGUUUGCGAUACCAGCGAUAGUCUGGCAGUCGGGCAUCGUUCUGUGCCGCUACUUUGGGGAAGAGCGCAUCACGUUCAUUGGGCAGAAGGUGAUCGAGCUGGGUUCCGGUACUGGCAUAGUGGGCAUCCUUGCCAUCCUCCUGGGGGGAGAGGUGACCUUGACCGACAAGCCCGAGGUUCUGGGUCAGAUCGAGCAUAACGUGGCCAGAAACGUAUCGCCUUCCAUGAUCCCCCGCCCCAAGGUGGCCGCGCUGUCUUGGGGCGAGGACGAGGAUCAGUUCCCCAGGGACUACGACAUCAUCCUGGGCUCCGACAUAGUCUACCGGCCACGCUCCUUCCUCCUGCUGCUGAAGACUCUCAAGCACCUGAGCGAUCGGCGGACCGUCAUCUACCUCAGCUCCGCCAUGAGCGAGAAGAUGGGGGCCGUGGAAUUCCACGCCACCCUCCUGCCCGAGCUCUUCCAUUGCGAGCUGGUCUACCAGGCCCCAAACCUCGAGGUCAACAUCUACAGGGUCACCAGGAAAAGCUCCACCUACUAAAGGGCAAGGACUGCGGAGACAGGCCCUUCGGCCCGACUCGCCCCUGCUGGCCGACACACUCCAGGGAACGAAAAAGAAGCCCAACCUCUCACUCCUUAUAAACCGUGGCUCUUGG